AAGAAAGGAGACAGAGGAGAGGAUCGGGUGAGACGAGGUGGCGAGGAGUGAAAGGGAGGAAAAGGGGGAGCAGAGGGGGCGUGUGGACCAAAGACAAACAAGACAAUAAGAGAGAAAGAGGCUUGAUUUUGCUCUCAGGUGUGAAAAGUGGAGGGCCUCCCAAACACAGACCAAGACUGGCUGCAUGUAUCACCAGGCAGAGCUGUACUCUGGCCGUAACACAUGGGACUCCUAUCCAGCUGGAGGUCCUAACAGAGGACAAUGGGCUCCAGUGAACACUCACCUCUGGAGCCACACAAACAGAUGCCAAGAAGGGCGCAAUCAAUCACAUCAUCCACCAUCAAGUCGUCUCUAUAACAGGGGGGAGAGAAUAGUCAACCAUGGUCAGGACAAAGGUAUCUCAAAGGGGCACAGACAGCAUCCACGUGUAUGGGAGGGUAAAGAUCCGCCGUUUGAGGCCCAGAACUGGCAACACAACUCCUCGCGCUCAUUCCACAACCGAGCUGAAAACAACAACGGUUAUCCAACCGCAGCCGGAGAGCGCUACGCAACCUGGGACAACAACGUCGGCAACUCUGAGCAUGGGGCUCCUCGCCUUCAUCGCAACAACAGAGAGCUCCAGGCUCCGCCAGAGAGAUGGGCCCCCUCAGACUGUCGCAGGAGCUCCCCAGGCAGGAUGAUGAACAACAGACCGGGGCCCUGGAAACGACCAGCCCACCAUCAGCGGCGAGACCAAUUACACCAGCACAGUCCAUCCCCGCCUCACCCUUUAUCAACAAGGGUAGAGUGUCCUGCUAAGAGGAGGAGGGACUCUGGUCCUGAUCAGUCACCUCAUCCUGGAUCUAGACAUCUACCUUUACUGGCCCCCUCACCGCCUCGCCACCACCACCGUCACCAAGAUGACUGGAAGCCCCUCAGCGACAGGGCGGGUCCAUUCCACCACUCUGACCACAGGACCUCAGCAACACAGCAACAGGAAACCUCUAAACUUCGAGCUGGUGGACAUGGCUUCAGUAGCAGUAACCCGGCAGCUCCAAACCAGAGUUGUGGCAGCAGACCGCCACAUCACGGAAGCAGAGGGAAGGUCGAGCGGAAAAUCCUGUCUUCACCAGCAGACCACACCCGUGUGCCUUACAGCCACCAAAACCAUCAUUACCACUACCAACGGCACACAGGCCAUCCCAGAGCUCCACAGCACAACCUGCCGCUUCACCCUCCAGAGGACUCACGGAGCCAUCACCACAAACAAAGCACAGAACCUCAACGUACUCAUCAAAGAAGCAUUUUAAGGGAUCCAGCCCUCGCCCAUUCUUCUGGUGCAGACUCCCCUUAUUCAUCCCUCCUCUGCAGCCCUAAAGACGGAGGGUCCACUGCCAGCAGUCCAUGUGCUCUCUCCAGUCCCUCUUCAUACACAGCGCCCAUCGGCAGAAAAGAUCCUGCGAUCAUUCGUCAGUGUAGUCCCGGCCUCAGUGGAGAGCAGCGACUCCACAGAAGCCCCCCCUCACAUGACCAGACCAGGUUUUCGGACGUCAAGUACAGAAAGAGUUCCCAGCCGCUCUGCUCACGACAGCUCCCCCACAGCAGAUCGAGAGCCAGCAAGCUUGACAAGGAGCUGGAGCCACACGCAAAACCUGAGUGCAAACAAAAAGAGAAGCUGGGGAAGAAAGAGAAAAAGGGGGAUAUUCUGAAGACAAGCAGAAAAGGCGAUGAAAGAAAACGGCGGAAGAAAAAAGAGGAGAAAAGGCCGGGCGAGCGAAAAAGGAAAAGAGAUAAAGCAGUCACAAUGGAGGGAAAGUUAGGCAUGAAAAUCAGGAAGAGGGAGAUGUCCACCUCCAUCUCUGCCUCAGCAGAGGACAAAGUGAGUAGGAUGGAGACCCCGACCCCAGAGAGUCAAAGCCAGUCCACACCCAAACACAAGCACAGGGCGAGGAGUGAACGAGCGGAGGGGACACACAGGCCAUUUGCAAAUACUCCUCAUCCUGAAUGCACUUCACAACAGCUGCCCUCAAAAUCUCGAAACCACAAAAUGUCCAAAAAGAGCAGCGGUCCCCAGAAAAACCCUGUCCAAAAUCUACCAAUGACAUCCCCAAGGAAAACAAGCGCCAAACAGACCAGCAGGAAAACCACCACUGUCUCAUCGCAGUCAGACGGCAGACCGAGAGGAAAGCCAGACGAUACUCUCCCUUCACUUUUGUUUAAAGCCUUAGCACCUCUCAGUGCAGCAUGUUCCGUGAGCGCAGAGCAGGGAGGUGCUCUCAAUGCCCCAGACCUCCAGCCCGUGGGGGUGAGGGAAAUAGGAGACAACCUAGCGAACACUCCUCCUGUUCUGAGCUGGCAGGGCUCUCCAGUGUCGAGUCUGGAAGAGGAUGAGGACGAGUUAGGGAAGGGUGUGAUAAGUCGACCUGUCCUCCAGCCCAGCCCUACUCAGUGCUCCCCCCACCCUUUGGACAACGACAGCUCGGACGAUACGGAAAAGGAGCCUUCCGAAAGUUUACGAGCUGACAGCAGCGACAGGUCUGAAUACUGUGAUCCGCCUUGUUCCACCGUUCAAGUUGCCGAGGAACAAUCAAAAGCAGACGUGGACAGCGGUGGGGAGACAUCUGGCUCUCUUCUCCGUGAGCUCUGCCACCACAAAGCAGGGCUGGACGACGUCUUCAAGAGCCUGGCCACCUUCCUCGGAGGCCGGAGGGUCUCGUGUCGAGGCGGCCCAUUUGGUGGCCCUCCAGACAGCACUGCCGGAGGGGUGAAGUACUCCUCUUCUCUGGAACUUGGGCCAGAUAUACACUGCCAGGAGCAUCACGAUUUCUCCCCCAAGUCCGAUCCCACAGCGUCCUCCAAACCUGCUCAUAUUAAAUCACCGACUCACAAUACCUCAGACUCGCUCGGGAAAUCCCACAGUCCGACAGAGCCGAGAACUGAACCUGUCGCCGACGCCCCAGUGAAGGAGCCUCAGACUGUGAAAGUAAAACAAGAAGGUAAAGAUUCCGAGAUCCUCCCUGAGAGAAUUGACUCAUCUCUUCUCGACGGGUCACUGAGUGCAGAGCUGAGAGUGACCACCACAGAUACAGCCUCUCUCACCAGCCUCCUCACUGUUUCCACCAAGGAAGAGAGAGGACACAGCACAGAGCCCGGACACAGAUGUGCAGGGAGAAAAAGAAAACAAAAGGAUAAGGACGGAGGAAGGGAAGAAGAGAUCAAGAUUAAGAUUAAGACAAAGGAAAGCAGUGUCAUCUGUCCAAAAAACAAAGUAAAUGAAGUUAAGGAUUCAGAAGAGAGGGGUGUUUCAUCCUCGGAGAGAGCCAUCUCCAAAAGUUCUACCAGAGCUCUCAAAGAUAGUAGGAUAGGCCAGAUUUCUCAGGAAAAUCAAUCGCCACGUGGCAAGGACAUCCGGAGAGAGAAAGACGACACUGGGGACGCUGAGGUCAAGGUAGAAAGAGAGGAGAAGAAGGAAGUGAUCACUGAGUUAGAAAACAAGAAACCGUCCGCAGCUAGAAACCCAGAAUCGAAAGCUCCAAACCCAGCGUCAACUUUAACAAUCAACCCGUCCAAACUGUGUGUCUCAACACCGGCGAGCAAACCCCCCCGCUCCUUAGCGCCAGUCGAUCCACUGAAACUGAAAGCGCUGUCCAUGGGCUUGUGUAAGGAGCUGAAGAUCCUGCUGUUCAAAGUGGAGAGCGCCGGAAGACACACGUUCAACAUAUCAGAGGUGGAGGAGCAGAGGGUCCCACUUUCCAAGAUCAACAUCGACAACACGGCAACAGAAGUGAUCAGGUCCUGCAAGGGGACGAGGGUGAAGGGGAAGUUCAGGGAGUCGUACCUGCUUUCCUCAUUUUCCGUUAAACCCGACAUCUCCGUCAAGACUCCCAUUCCUCGAGAAAAGCUCAACCCUCCGACACCAAGUAUCUACUUGGAGAGCAAGAGGGACGCCUUCUCUCCAGUUCUGCUUCAGUUCUGCACUGACCCCAAAAAUGCUGUCACUGUCAUCAGAGGCCUUGCCGGCUCCCUCCGCCUUAACCUUGGUCUUUUCUCCACCAAAUCCCUGGUGGAGGCCAAUGCAGAACAUGCAGUGGAGGUGAGGACUCAGGUGCAGCAGCCCGCUGAUGAGAACUGGGAUACCAGCGGCUCGGCGCAGACGUGGCCCUGCGAAAGCAGCCGCUCACACACCACCAUCGCCAAAUACGCCCAGUACCAGGCCUCCAGCUUCCAGGAGAGCUUGCAGGAGGAGAAGGAGAGUGAGAAUGAAGACGAAGGAGAGCAAACACAGAGCUCGGACGAAGCAGCCACCGCAAAAGCUGUCCUGAUGUUAGCCAACAGUAAAGGAGGUCCCCCCUCAACUCCCACCAGCACACCCAGUUCAGACCAGAAAACUGCUGGAAAGAUCAUUAAAUUUGGGACCAAUAUUGAUCUCUCAGACCCUAAAAGGUGGAAGCCCCAGCUGCAGGAGCUGCUGAAGCUGCCGGCCUUCAUGAGAGUGGAGUCCAGCCACAACAUGCUCAGCCAUGUCGGUAACACCAUCCUGGGCAUGAACACUGUGCAGCUCUACAUGAAGGUGCCGGGCAGCCGCACCCCGGGUCACCAAGAGAACAACAAUUUCUGCUCCGUCAACAUCAACAUCGGACCUGGUGACUGUGAGUGGUUUGCCGUCCACGAGCAUUACUGGGAAGAUAUCAACAGAUUCUGUGAGAAGCACGGGGUAGAUUACCUCACAGGAUCCUGGUGGCCAGUGCUGGAGGACCUCUACAGCUCCAACAUCCCUGUGUACCGCUUCAUCCAGAGGCCGGGCGACCUGGUGUGGAUCAAUGCAGGGACUGUGCACUGGGUCCAGGCCGUGGGCUGGUGCAACAACAUCGCCUGGAAUGUGGGACCACUCAACUCAUACCAGUAUCAACUCGCCCUGGAGCGCUUUGAGUGGAACAAGGUGAAGAAGGUUAAGUCAAUCGUUCCCAUGAUCCACGUUUCCUGGAAUGUGGCUCGAACCAUCAAGAUCACCGAUCAGGAUACAUUCAAGAUGCUCAAACACUGCCUGAUGCAGUCCAUCAAGCACAUCCAGAUUCUGAGAGACCAGCUGGUGGUUGGAGGGAAGAAGAUCUCUUACCAGAGCCGCGUGAAGGAUGAGCCGCCAUACUACUGCAACGAGUGUGAUGUGGAGGUGUUUGACCUGCUCUUCGUGACAAGUGACAGCAGCAGUAAGAAGACCUACGUGGUGCACUGUGAGGACUGCGCCCGAGCUAAGACCCCGUCUCUGGCAGGAGUUGUGGUGCUGGAGCAGUAUCGAAUGGAGGAGCUGAUGAAAACCUACGACAGCUUCACUCUGGCUCCAUCGCCCAUUUCUAAGUGACGACUCCUCCCCGGCGUCUUUCAGCCAUAACCAAAACUCUAAUGGCAGCACAAAUGUUGUCUUCGAAGGCAAUCUAUUCCUGCAAACACUGAAUCAGCCAAUCACGUUUACUCAGUAUUGUUUACAUCACACAAUAAGGUAUGGAUACUCAGCCAAUCCAACUCUGCUCACUGUCUUCCCCAUACCAGCUGCUGAUUGGACGUGUGUUUUUUUUAAAUAGAAUGACUAGACUGGUACUUCUCAUGAAAAUCAUUUCCGACGUGGACAACAAAAAGAAAGAAAAAAAAACAAAUGUGAGCACUGCUAACACUGAAAAUCAGGUGAUAUAUUUAACGGACACUGCUGUGAUUCAAAAGCGUCAAGUAGCCAGUUCUGUGUAUUAAUUCAGGUACUUUUAUGCAAAUCCAGUAGAACUUUUUUACACCAAUCUAGUUAUUCUAUAUGUCCAUGAAUUUGCUGUGAUUCUAUUGUACCAGCAGGGGAAUCGCUUCACAGGAGAAGUAGCUGAUUGUCACAUUUGGCCUCGUAUUGGUUCCUGUUUUUUGUUCUUUAUUCAGGUGAACUCUCCACAUUUGUAACUCCUGUCUGUAAACUCUGGUUUAGGAGGUGCUAUUCUUCGAGGUGCUUGUUGGCUACUUUAAAAUUAAAAGUUUUACCAGCCUAGAAGUACACCACAUUGGCCUUGUGAACUUUAUUUAGAAGAGAGGUAAUUAGACGUUUAAACGUGCGCUAAUAAGGUUUUAUGUGAGUAUAAAUCCAGUCAAAACCUUUCAUCAGUUUCUCUAAAAUACGGGUUUACCAGUGGACUAAUAUGGUUUCAUUCUUAGUUGGAAAAUUGGAAUUUUUUUAUUCUUUCUUUGUUUUUCACAUAUCAAGCUAACACUUUGUUGGUAUUGUUACUAUGAUACACCCAGAAAGCUGGAAAGUUUUUUUUUUAUUUUUUGAAAUGAGGAAACAAUCUGUUUUAUACCUCUCUUGUUGCUAUGUUCUUGUUUGUAGAUGACAGAGAAAAUAUGUAAUUGUAAAUUGUGAAUGAAUUUAUGCGAUUCGUGGUGUGCAUGGACGCUGUGCAGGGGGUCGGUUAUGCAGCGUUUGUGUUCUGCCCCAAAACAUUGGUCCGUGAUGCUCGGCUCCGUUCACUGCCACUGGGUUUAAAACGCUGGAUUUACACUUGAACAGGCUGACGAGCUCAUUAACCAACGUGACAGUUAAACUGUCCAUUUUCUUCAUCAGUAUUUAGGAAUUCCUUCAACAGUAAAUCUCUUCUUCUGUUGAUGCUACAUAGUCUGAACUUAAUAUAUCCAAACCUGAUUAGUGUUAUUUCCUCUUUGAUUUAAUAUCAUUUUUUAAUUUUUUUAAUUUAUUUUCCCUCCUAGAAGGGUUUUUGUCCUCUGAAGUUAAUUCUAAUUUGUGAGUAGGAAAAAUACAAAUAUAAUUUGAUUAAUUGUUUCUUUCCUUAUCGGUUUAAUUUGUUAAUUUACUGUAGGGACUGGUUUUCAUAUUUGACAUUUGCUUAAUUUCGGUCACAAUGGGACAAAAAUAAAUCAAACAUUCAUAUCUUUUUUCCUUAGAUAAAUAACAUAAACAAUCAAUUUUGAUAAGGAUAGGUAAUUAUGAGCAGCAUAAAUACAAACUAAGCUGAGGAAAUCCACUUCUAAAUGACCUCGGCCCCUUGUUUACCAUUUCUCUCCUGCAAAUAUUACUCACCGAUAACCGCAAUAAGCUCAUAUCAGCUGAGUUAUUGUUCCAGCUCUUCUUCAAAAUACUGUUCCAGCCUUUUCCUACAUCUCAUAAAAUCAUCACGUACCACACUGGAGUGGAUUCACAGCUUAGGUUGUGUAGCCGUUCGAAAAUAAUCCCCCGCUAGCGUCAACAUCGCUGAGGAUCCUUCCCCCUUCCCCAGUCAGUCUGUGCACACCAAUUCAUGUACAUACUGUAUCUGUUUUCAGGUUUACUAGAAGACUUCUGUAGUUUUGUUCUCAAUCAAAAAUCUACUUUGUAUGUGGUCAAAUUUGUCCACCUCAGUCACUCGUUUUUGUUGUUGCGAUAUUAUUAUACAUCCUGUUUGACUCCAGUUGAAAUAACUGCAAUGGGAGUUUCUUCCCACUUUUAUACCUCUUUUUGUUGUGGGCUUCUGAUUUUUUGGAUUACAGAGAAAUUGUACAUUGUGACAUUAUUUAUACUGUACAUGGUUGUUUUCUUAUAUAUUUAUUGCAUUUCAGUGGGUACUUCCCUCGAUAAGGGGCUACAAGGUAUUCGAAAAGUGUAGUACGAUCACAGAGUGUGGAUAGGGGAAGUGCAAUCAGGGGGGGUGGUUAGAUUUUCAUGGUGCUGGACCCCCUCCUUGCCUCAAUGCCCCCUCAUUAAACAGCAUAUGAUGAUGUAUGAACAUAGGUUACUGAUACAGCUCAAACCAAUCAGUUGGUGCUUAGAACCAUUUCCACAGUUUACUGGAAACAGAAAUGGAAUGAUGUCUUCGUACUGUAUCACACAGAUAAAUAAAAGAUCUUUUUAACUUUAUUUCCAUUGUAUGAAAUUCAUAAUCUUGUGAAGCAUUAGUGGUUUUAUGAUGAGCAUUAGUCGUAGUUGUACUUCUUGACUCUUUUGCCGAGACUUUUAGGGAUGUGACAUUUUAAUGGCGUCAGGGUUUUUUGUUUUUCCUGUGUCCUGUCCUCAUUAUUAAUAUUAUUUCAAGAAUGUGAUGAUGCUCUCUUUUUUUUCCCUGUUGACUUUGUUUGAUUUUAUGCUGCACUUAUUGUUUUCAAAAAUAACUCAUAUGGAAGAAAAUCCUGAGCCAGACCUGUCUUAAAUUGUAUUGUUGUUUCAAGAAAAUAAAAUGUUUUGAUAAAUUAUUCAACAAUGAGUCCUUGCCGCUGGUUUCCUCUGUGCCGUCUCCUCGGGUUUGCCCUCUCUCUGAGAACGAGGUAUCCAGGUCUGCCCUCCCUCUGUGUGUCCAAAAUGAUAAGCUGCAGCACCCGAGGGAGAGGAGCUGCUCUGACGUUUUCUGAGAACAUGGGUUGUGGGGAGCAUUUUCUCUCUUUCACAGUUUGAUUUGAAAACCUUUGCUGAAUGAUUUUGUAGACAUUUUCGUAUUGCUUCUCAUACA